UACCGGAACCCCCGGUCGCUAUGGCAACAGCCACCUACUUCCGGGAGAAGUACGGCGCGCGGCAAGGGUCACACCAGCGCGGCCGGAAGCCCUGACAGGGCCUGGUGUCGGGGCUGGUGUCCGUCUCGAAGGUCCGCGCGCAGCCCCGAGCGCCAGCCCCGCACCGUCGCGGGGUCCCCCACUGCUGCGUCCGCGUCGCCGCCAGAAGCCCCUCAGGCCUGGACGCCGGGACUCGGGACGUGCCGCCAUGGACUUUUCCAAGUUCCUGGCCGACGACUUCGACGUGAAGGAGUGGAUUAACUCAGCCUUCAGGGCCGGGGCCAAGGAGGCGGCGGCGGGGAAGGCGGACGGCCAUGCGGCAACGCUGGUGAUGAAGCUGCAGCUGUUCAUCCAGGAGGUGAACCACGCGGUGGAGGAAACGAGCCACCAGGCCCUACAGAACAUGCCCAAAGUGCUCCGUGAUGUUGAAGCCCUCAAGCAGGAGGCGUCUUUUCUGAAAGAACAGAUGAUUCUUGUCAAGGAGGAUAUUAAAAAGUUUGAACAGGACACAUCCCAGUCGAUGCAGGUAUUGGUUGAAAUUGACCAGGUCAAGUCCAGAAUGCAGCUUGCUGCUGAAUCUCUUCAGGAAGCAGACAAGUGGAGCACAUUGAGUGCUGACAUUGAGGAGACAUUUAAGACUCAAGACAUCGCCGUGAUCUCUGCCAAGCUGACCGGCCUGCAGAGCAGCCUCGUGAUGCUCGUGGACACGCCGGACUACUCCGAGAAGUGCGUGCACCUGGAGGCCCUGAAGAACAGGCUGGAGGCCCUCGCCAGCCCGCAGAUCGUGGCGGCGCUCACGGCCCAGGCUGUGGAUCAGUCCAAAAUGUUUGUGAAGGUUUUUACUGAAAUUGACCGGAUGCCCCAGCUCCUUGCAUACUACUACAAAUGUCACAAGGUGCAGCUUUUAGCAGCCUGGCAAGAGUUGUGCCAGACCGACUUGCCGCUGGAGCGGCAGCUCAGUGGCCUCUACGAUGCCCUGCUGGGGGCUUGGCACGCGCAGGCCCAGUGGGCGACGCAGGUGUUCAGGAACCCCCUCGAGGUGGUGACGGUGCUGCUGACCCAGACCCUGGGGGCGCUGGUGCCGCCUCUGCCCGAGUGCCUCCGUGCCGGCGUGGAGCGGGCCGGACCCGAGCUGGAGCUCUCCAAGCUGCUGGAGCUCUACGAAGCCACCGCGCACUUCGCCAAGGGGCUGGAGGCUGCACUGCUACCCCACCCGCAGGAGUACAACAUGGUGAAGGUCGUGGAACUGGUGGAUGCUGUGUACAGCCCGUACAAGCCCUACCAGCUGAGGUACGGCGACAUGGAGGAGAGCAACCUUCUCAUCCAGAUCAGCGCCGUGCCCUUGGAGCGUGGGGAAGUGAUCGACUGUGUGCAGGAGCUGAGCCACUCCGUGAGCAAGCUCUUUGGCCUGGCGUCUGCAGCUGUUGACAGAUGUGCCAGAUUCACCAAUGGCCUGGGGGUCUGCGGCCUGCUGACUGCUCUGAAGUCCCUCUUCGCCAAGUAUGUGUCUGAUUUCACCAGUACUCUCCAGUCAGUGCGAAAGAAAUGCAGGCUGGAUGACGUUCCUCCCGGCGCCCUUUUUCAGGAGGACUGGACUGCUUUUCAGAGCUCCGUCAGGAUAAUAGCCACCUGUGGAGAGCUCUUGCGGCAGUGUGGAGACUUUGAGCAGCAGCUAGCAAACAGGAUUCUGUCCACUGCUGGGAAGUAUCUGACUGACUCCUACAGCCCUCGGAGCCUGGCUGGCUUUCAGGAGAGCAUCUUGACAGACAAGAAGAGCUCUGCCAAGAACCCAUGGCAGGAAUAUAAUUACCUCCAGAAAGAUAACCCUGCUGAGUACGCCAGCUUAAUGGAAAUGCUUUAUACCCUCAAGGAGAAGGGGUCUGGUAAUCACAACCUGCUGGCUGCUUCCCGGGCUGCACUGACGCGCCUGAACCAGCAGGCUCACCAGCUGGCUUUCGACUCCGUUUUCCUGCGCAUCAAACAGCAGCUGCUCCUUGUUGCCAAGAUGGAGAGCUGGAACACAGCCGGCAUUGGAGAGACCCUGACCGAAGAGCUGCCUGCCUUCAGCCUCACCCCUCUCGAGUAUAUCAGCAAUAUCGGGCAGUACAUCAUGUCCCUGCCCCUGAAUCUUGAGCCGUUUGUGACUCAGGAGGACUCUGCCUUAGAGCUGGCCCUACACGCAGGAAAGCUGCCAUUCCCUCCUGAGCAAGGCGAUGAGCUGCCUGAGCUGGACAACAUGGCUGACAACUGGCUGGGCUCGAUCGCCAGAGCCACCAUGCAGACGUACUGCGACGUGAUUCUGCAGAUCCCAGAGCUGACUGCACACUCCACCAGGCAGCUGGCCACGGAUAUCGACUAUCUGAUCAACGUGAUGGACGCCCUGGGCCUGCAGCCGUCCCGCACACUCCAGAGCAUCGUGACGCUCUUGAAGGCCAAACCUGAGGAUUACCGGCAGCUCAGCAAAGGCCUGCCACGCCGCCUUGCCACUGCGGUGGCGACUAUGCGGGGUGUGAGCUACUGAGAAGAGAGGCUGGGCCAGUGUCCUGCAGCCAUGGCGGCCCCAACGUGGGCUGCAGCUCAACAGCUGACAUCGAUGUGGAGAGUUUGCUCGGAAGGACUUGGGUUUUUGUCCAGUCAGAGCAAGGUUAUGAGCAACAAGUCCAUUGCUUAUUAGAAGACUUUUCAGGUGAUUUUUAGAAAUGAUCUAAUCUUUUUUUUUUUACGGAACCGGG